AUGUCAGUUUAUAUUCAGCUAACACAUGAUAUAUCGGGAACAGUUACUGCAGUAACUAUUGGAGAUUGGAUACUUGGGAUAUUAAAGCAAAAAAAUAUUCAAGAAUAUGAAGUUUUUUUUAAAAAAUUUUUAAAUAUAUAUCAAAAACAAGAUAAAGAAUCAGAAAGUAAUAAUAGAUCCGAAAUAUUUUCCUUAUUAUUAUCAGCUAGUGAUUUUGUAUUUGAAACCCUCGUUGAAACAAAAAAAAAUAAUAAAAUUAAAGUUAUAAUUGACAAUAAAGAAAGUGUAAAGAGUUUUAAUGAAUUUUAUAAGGAAGUAGAAGAAUAUUUUGUUAUCUUAAUAUCUAUUUUACAGCUGGAAUUUAAAAGUGUAGAAGAUUUAAAUAAUGCAACAAAUAAUUUUAUUAAGGCUAUAAAAAAUUAUAAUGUAUUUCCUGAAUUAAGAUUAAAAAUUUUACAAUUAUUAUACAAUUCUUUUAGUGUUAAUUUUUCUUUUAGAUUUCCUACUUUUAUAGCAAUUUUACAAUUUUCUUCACAGAAUAAUAUUUUUCAUAAUAUUCUGCCAUACAUUAAAUUUAUUGAUCAAUGGAUAAAAGAAUGGAAUAUUAGUUCAAGAGAAAAAAGACAAAUUUAUUUAAUAAUUGCUCAAGAGUUAAAAAAGUUAAAAAAAUAUGAAGAUUCAUUUAAACAUUUAAAAAAACAUAUUUAUUAUUUUCAAAAAGAAAGUGAAGAAAUUUUAAAUCAUCCAAACACAAUUAAUGCAAGUGUUGAAUUAAUAGUUGAUUCUAUUAAUUUAAACAGUAAUAUUUAUUUUCAUGAAAUUUUAAAUUUAGAUGCUAUACAAAAUUUACAGAAUAUAAAAGAACAUCAACCACUUUUUGAAUUAUUAGUUAUUUUUUAUAAAUAUGGUAUUCAUGAAUUCUUAACAUUUAAGAAUACAUAUGGUGUUGAUUUUUUUGAAAAAUAUAACAUUAAUUUGGAAGCUUGUGAAAACAAAAUUUAUUUAUUAUCUAUCAUAUCUUUAUUUAAAGACAUUAAAAUUCAAAAUAUUCAAUACAUUUCGGAAAAACUAAAUAUAACCCCUCUAAAAAUUGAACAAAUACUUGUUGCAGCUAUUGGAAGUGGUGUUAUUGAUGCGAAAAUUGAUCAAAUAAACAAAACAAUUCAGAUGAAAACGACCAUAUUAAGGCAUUUCGAUGAUACUCACUGGGAACUGUUAAACAAUCAAAUUAAUAAAUAUAUAAAUAACGUUCAAAAAAUCUUAGAUUUAACUAGUCAAACUAAAAUAUGA